AUGCUGAGCGGAGCAGCGGAUGACCGGAGGAAGGGGCGCUUUUCUAGGAAAAACCAGAACACAGCUCUUUUAUAAUCGCAUUUUCAAACCCAACUUUGGUGCACACUGAGGGAUUUUCCCCUGUUACUUAUAGUAUUUAGCUGUGGAAGCGCUGUCCUGGAUGCAGACUGAGCGGAUUGCGGCAAUCAAAGCGUCCUGAGUGAUCGGAGCUCAGCAGCAGCAUCUCAUUGUAUGAAAUGCGUCACCGUGAUCCUGUUCUCCCAUUUACUCAUAUCGGCUCCCCACUCACGGACUGUUCCCCGCACUGACAAUUUCAUCAGGUAACCACAUGCGCGGGCCGGUGUCACCGCGCUGAGCCCGGAGAGCACGAAGGGUACUGGGGUCAGAGAGACACGAGUGGCCGGUAAAAGUGGACCGGAUGACAACCAGAACCUCAGAGGCCUCGGGACUGCCGGUGCCGCUGCACCGCUGUCACGGGCAUUUCCAGGCCAAUAACGGCACCUGCGCGGAGCAGCUCAGCUUUUUUCCACCGUUCUCCUCCACCCUCGCGCUCCUCGUGCUGGUGGCCGUGCUCGUGGGGAUCAUCCUCGUUUCCCUGGCAACGUUCCACUUCCACAAGAGGAAGCUCCGGAAUAGGAAGAUCCAGCGCGCGCAGGAGGAAUACGAGCGCGACAGUCGCAGCCCCGCGCGCGGUGCCGGAACGAGCGGGGAGCCCGCGAGGCCGUGCAUCAUCGUCCGACCUGUGAGAUGUGAGGAGAAGCUCUCGUGCCAGAGCGCGGAGAGCGGCGGGGACGCCACGGAGGGCAAACAGGUGCUGCACGAGACAGUUCCUCUUGACUGUUAACUUAGUGCAACCAGAGUGCCCCAGGGAUGACGUUUUUCUGUAGGCCAACCCGGAAGCCAACGUUGCCCUGGUUCCCUCGUCAAAAAGCCUAUGGGAUUUUUCCAAUGACGCUGGAGUUAGCUUCUGAUUCACAGCUUCUGAUUCAGCAAUUAA